AUGAUGACCCCGGACAUGAUACGGCUGGCAACGGAGCAGAUGGGGCGCAUGUCCCCUUCUUCACAUCCUCUCACUCCCAACCCAAUCUCGCACUCUUCCCUCCACCCCUCCCUCCCCUCCCAUGCAGAUGAUGACCCCGGACAUGAUUCGGCUGGCAACGGAGCAGAUGGGGCGCAUGUCACCAGAGGAAUGAUGACCCCGGACAUGAUUCGGGUGGCAACAGAGCAGAUGGGGCGCAUGUCACCGGAGGAGUCUAUUAUGAUGAUCCCGGACAUGAUACGGCUGGCCACGGAGCAGAUGGGGCGCAUGUCGCCAGAGGAGUCUAUUGUUGAGGCCAAAUGGACCCCUUCCUCCCCAAUCCCCUCCAUGUGCCCUCACUUCUCUUCAGAUGAUGACCCCGACAUGAUUCGGCUGGCCACGGAGCAGAUGGGGCGCAUGUCGCGAGGGGAGUCUAUUAUGAUGACCCCGGACAUGAUUCGGCUGGCCACGGAGCAGAUGGGGCGCAUGUCACCGGAGGACAUGCGGCGGGCAGCGGAGCAGAUGAAGCACCUCAGCCCGCACCAGAUCGCCUCCGCCAUGGGCACCGCCGGUGCGGGCGGGGGGAUCCCAGGGGCAGCAGCAGCGGGAGGAGGGGGAGGGGGGGGAGGAGCAGGACCUGCAGCAGGGGGGUUGCCGGACGUGGCAUCGUAUAUGAGCCAGAGGCAGCAGUACGAGCUGAACGCUGCAACGAUGCUCAAGAACGAGGGUAACAAGCUACAUGGGAUGGGAAAGUACUCGGAAGCUGCAGAGAAGUAUAACCGGGCGCGGGACAAUCUAGCCAUGCACUCGUCCCCAGCAGCGGUGUCGCUGCGUCGCACGUGUGCAGUCAACCUCAUGUCCUGCCACCUCAAGACCAACGCCUUUGCCCAUGCUGUCUCUGUUGGCACUCAGGUAAUUUCCGAGGAUGGGUCUAACCUCAAGGCGCUGUACAGACGAGGAUUGGCUUAUAAGGAGCUCGGGCAGCUGAAAGAGGCAGCAGCUGACCUUUCUACAGCGGCUCAGAUUUCACCAGAUGAUGAAACGCUGGCAGGCGUGCUCAGAGAAACCAAAGCAGCACUGGAAGCUACAAAGAAGAAAGUUUCUCUGGAGGAAAUCGAUGAGGGCGACGAUGCUCCUGCUGCCUCCCUGGCUGGGUCAACUGCUCCCGGCGAUGAUGACGAGCAAGGAUCCAGCAGCAGUGGCGGCGCUGAGUGGCAACCCCAAGAGCAUGGCACUCUCUUCUGCUGGACUCACACACACUCCCUGCCCCCCUCGCCCUCCACUCCCUCGCACCACCCCAGCAACAUGCAGGCGAUGAUGACGAGCAUGGAUCCAGCAGCAGUGGCGGCGCUGAGUGGCGGCGCCCUAUCCCCCGAAAUGGCCCGCACUGCAGCACAGCUCGUCGGCUCCAUGUCCCCGGAAGACCUCCAAAAGAUGAUGCGCCUGGCUUCUACUUUCAGCCAAGCGGGGGGCGGGGUUGCUGGGGGGACGGGGGGAGGGGGUGUAGGGGGAACGGGGGGAGCAGGGGGCGCAGGGGGUGCUGGGGGAGUGGAGACAGGAAGGGCAGCAGGUGGUGUUGGCAUGAGUGGCGGUGGCAGUGGCAGCAGAGGGAGCAGCAGUGAUGAUUCUGAUCCUGUCCUGACUCCCACAACCGGGAGUGCAAGCAGCAGAAGCAUAGCCAAUGCUGCUUCUGCUCCUGCUGCUGCUGUUACAGAGACCACGUAUGGAAUGCCUCCUGGAUUUGGGAGAGAAGCUGAGGCAGCAGGGGGAGCAGCAGGAGGAGGGGGGUUCAGUGGAGGAGGGAUGGGAGCGGCUGGGAUGCCGGCACCAGGUGUCGGCGGGGGAUUGGACCCGAUGCAGCUGCAGGAACGGCUGUUGAACGACCCUUCCACUGUGAAGCUGAUGAGCGACAUGAUGCAGCAGCUGAGUGCAGAGGACAUUGCAGCCAUGAGCUCACGCAUGGGACAGAGCAUGUCUGUGGAGCAGGCAGAGCAGGCGAAGCGCAUGAUGCAGGGGCUGGGACCCGAAAGGCUAGCCACUGUGAGCAUGUCAGUGGAGCAGGCAGAGCAGGCCAAGCGCAUGAUGCAGGGGCUGGGACCUGAGUGGCUGGCUACGGUGGUGAGUGGUGGUGUAGGGUGCGUGUCUGACGUUGGAAAGGUAGUAAGUGCGCAUGGGGCAGAGCAUGUGAGUGGAGCAGGCAGAGCAGGCCAAUCGCAUGAUGCAAGGGCUGGGACCUGA